AGGAGCGCAUCGACGAAGGAGACCUCCAGUGACGGGAAGUCUCUCCAGGUCUCAACUUUGUAAAAACUUUUACACACAUUAAUUAUUAUUAAACCUUUGUGAGUAGAGAUGCCGAGCAGCGACUCCCCGGCUGGUUCCGACGGGAUGUUCUGCAAACUGAUGGACGAGGAGGACGAGUUAGACCGCAGUCCAGAUGUGCAGCUGAACGCCCACCCAAUGAGACCCCUGACGGCCGGCCGGCCCGGGCCGUACCGCCUCGCCACCAUCUGCUUGGCUACGCUUUGCGGCGUCCUGCUGAUCUCCAUCAUCGCCGUCAGCGCACACUACAAGAAUAAAGCUGCAGGUGGCGCUGCAACGCAGAGCGUGGACGCUCUGAGCGCCGCCAUCAGCAAGCUGCAGCAGGAAAAGGCAGCGCUGCAGAGCAAACUGGCCGCCAGGACCGCCGCUGCAGUCUCAGGUCCGCAUGCGGUCGCGCCCACGGUGUCCAUCGUGUGUCCGAUGGAGUGGCACCUCUUCAACGGCAGCUGCUACUUCAUCUCGCGGGUGUCCAGGGAUUGGCCGGAGAGCAAAUCCUACUGUGAGAGCAAAGGAGGUCACCUGGCCAUCAUCGUCACGGAGGAGGAGCAGACGUUCCUGUGGGAUCAACUUCCCAGAGGCCAUUGGAACGCGUACUGGUUCGGGAUCACCGACGGCCACACGGAGGACCAGUGGACCUGGGUGGACGGGACGCCACUGGUGGGAGGCUUCUGGGAGGAGGGAGAACCCAACAACCACAUCGACGAGGACUGCGGCUACAUGGUGAAGACCCGCGUCCUGGAGCGCGUGGCGGUCCGAAGCUGGUACGACGCCCCCUGCAGCAUGUACCGCCCCUUCAUCUGUGAGAUGGAGAUGGGCGGAGCUCGCAGCACCGCCCUGCCUCACUGAAGGGGGGGUGGGUGCCGUGGAAAUGUACGUCAUCACAUCAGCAGGACUUUUAUACUCUGUCACCUUCAUGUUGUACAUGAAUAAAACCAUCGUCCUUCAUGGCGUCAUUGAAUGUUUUCACAAUGGUUUCGAUGCGUCCAGAAGUGUGGUGCAAUUAUGACAUUUCAUGGGAAUUUACGGGUCGGAAAACGAGGCAUGCUGGAAAAAUCUGACAUUUGUGGAACGUGGAAAAUAUUUAGCCUGCAUGUUUUCAUGUUGGAAGUGUUUGAUGCGUUGAAAAAUGUCGGGAAAUGACAUUUGAUGCAAAAUUGUGGGACGGGAAAUGUGGAAUUACGGGAAAAUCUGACAUUUUUGGAUUGUGGAAAAUAGUCAACCUGAAAAUUUUGAUGUUGGAGGAGUUUGAAUGGGUUGACAAAUGUUGGAAAAUGACAUUUAAUGGGUCAGAAAAUGUGGAAUCUUGGGAAAAUUGGACAUGUUUGGAAUGUGGAAAAUAGUUAUCCUGAAUGUUUUGAGGUUGGAAGUGUUUGAAUGGGCUUAAAAAUGUGGGAAAUGAUAUUUAACAGGGAUUUAUGGGGCAGAAAAUGUGGAAUUUUGAGAAAAUCUGACAUUGCAGUGGAGUGGAAAGCGGAGAAUAACUGAAUGAAUUAUCAUGUAAAUCAGGGCUCUCCAAAGUGCGGCCUGGGGGCCAUUUGCGGCCCGCAGCACAGUCAAAAAAUGUAAUUUAACAAGGAAACUUUAACAAGGAAAAACAAAAAACAACAGCAGCAAAAAUGGGAAAAUCAAUCAAAAGUCAGAAUAUUAAGAAAAGAUUUGUAAUCUAGCAAAGAAACUUAGUUUGGGGGAAAAUAAAUAACAUGGGAAUAAAGUCAAAAUAUUAGGAGAAGAAAGUUGAAAUAUUUGGAAAAUUACAGCAGAAAUUUUACCGGAGUAAAGUCAAAAUAUUA